UAUUAUGGACUUAAAAGUGGUAAUAAAAUAUAUUUAGAAUGGAUUAGUUUCUAUAAAUGGGAAUCAGACACUAAAGUCAACGGUUUACAAUACUCAUCGAAUUGUAAACCGUUGACUUUUCUAAAGUCGGUUGAAAGACUUUCAUAGAAAUACUAAACUGUUUGUUCUUGUAUUUCAAACGUAUCACUUUACCCAAACAAGUUUAGAACAAAGCGUAAUGCGAUCGUUACAACUGGGCAGUUCUAUUCAAAGGAUAUUAUAUAAGAUUUACCGCCAAGUAUGGUGCAUGGUUAGUAUCGAAAUGACUACGUACAGUCAACCUGGUGGAAAGCGGCAGAAGGUGAAGGAAAGAGCUGAUGCAGGAGACUAUUUUCAUGGAAUAGAAAAAAUUGAGUACAACAAUGCUGCGUCUGCGACCGACACAUUGAAUUAUCGAUACUACAACGCAACGGAGCGCGUGCACGCUAAGACAAUGGAGGACUGGCUCAAAUACAGCCUAUCACUCACUGAAUUUAGGAAUGCCAGUGCCGAAUACCCGAAAAUCAGCAACCACCGACCCUGGGAUGACAAUUCCCAUUCUAUUGACAACUACAAGCGAUGCAUAAGAGCCUUCUUCGAUUUUUGUGCGAAACUCGGUAUCAAGUACUGGACAGCUUUGGACUCCGAUUUGCUACAGAUAGCGGACAGUUGGGAUGAGAAUAAAACCAACUGGGAUGAUAUUGUGGAAUAUGUUCACGAGUUGAGCCAAAGAUACCAUGUUAAGUUGCUCUGGUUGGCGCCUGAUCUGCAGAUGCAUUCACGCUACACAACGGGAGCAAUCACAAACAACGACGCCAAUGUAUUCGCACAAUCGGCGUCACAGAUUAAAAAAUGCCUCGAAGUAACACAUCGUUUAAAUGGCGAAUGUUUCAUGAUAUGGCCACACCGAGAGGGCUACGACGCAAUAUUCCAGUCCGAUGUUGCCAGAGAAUUGAAAUUAUUUGUGAAAUUACUAAAAAUAACUGCAGAAUAUAAGGACCGUUUGAAUUCCAAAAUACAAUUGUUGAUAAUGCCAUAUUGUGAGAGAAAAUUGAAAGAAAUUAUUAAUUAUUACAUGUGGGAUAUAACGAGUUGCUUGUACUUUCUGAAGAACUACGGCCUGGAUCGGCAGUACAAGGUUUGUUCUCCGCCGGGACACCACAUGUAUAUGGCCAACGUAUACAAUAUGCUGGGCGGCGUGUCAGGGUCAAAUCAGUUCGAUAUGUCAAAUAAUAAGAAUGUCACGCUGAUGAUGAAAAGUAUCAUUGAUCAGAAUUGCAUCCCACCGGGCGGUAUCAACUUAAAGGUAUCGGUACCUCGCGAUACAGAAUUACGAGACUUGGUUGUUUGUUACGUUAAAUACAUUGACACCAUCGCCAAGGGAUUGCGAAUUGCAGCCAAUAUUGUAGCUGAACAGAUAUUUUCGAAACAUGUUCAGCAACGCUACAUUACCUACUACAGUGGUUUUGGGUCUCGUGUUAUCAGCAGUGACGUGACUAUGGAAGAGUGCGAGGAGUAUUACAAGAAAAAUCAGCUCCACGAAGCUGCGAGCACGAAGCGCGAACAUUUUGACUUUGUCUUCCAGAGAUACUUGGACACUUGCGAUCAUAUUUGACAACUUUUUGACAUCGAUUGUUGUAAACUUGAAUAAUCAUCUCACUUCAAAACAAAUUUAUUCAUAUAGCCUAGGAAAUCAAAUCAGUGUUGCCAUUCUAUGCUCAAGCAUUAGACAAAUAAAAUAAAAACAUUUGACGUUUAUGAUUAAAUUAAAUAUUAUAAUAAAUAAUUAAACUUUUACCGAAUAAAAUAUGGUGUAUAGUAAUUUGACGUUUUGGUUAUAUAUUUUCUGUCGAUGAACUUCAGGUUAUGAAUCCAAAAAAUCGUUGCAUUUGAGUUUCUUGGCUAUGCGAAACAGCAGAAAAAACAAAAUGAUGUUAUAUAAAGGAGACAGUUAAGUAAGUUACACAAUCGAUUGUCAAUAUUAAAUAUUAUUUUAUAAGUAUGUUAACCCAAAAAUUUAAAAAAAAAUCCUCUAAAUAUACUGUUAAGCCAACACCGGGAAGUGUACGUUUAUUUAGUUCUAGUGGUUUUUAUAUAUAUUUGGUCUUCUUACACAAUAUUUAAAGUAAAAUAACUCGAACUAAAGCUCUGCACUCUAACAUAGGUUAUUUAAAAUACUUGGCCAUUGCAAGAAAAAGCUACAAGGAUCUUUUGAAACUAAAAAAAUCUUUAAAAAGAUAGGUUAUCCAGUCUUUUCAUUUAUUUAGCCAAAGGUCCAAUUUCUUAUAUUACCAACUAUUUACGGAAGUUGGCGAUCAUCUUGACCACUUUUAUUGCCGCGCUUCUGAAAAAUGACUGGAUGCUAUGACCAAACCUUUGCCGAAGAUUAACCAAGACGUGUGUCUGCGGCCAGGUCUUCUACCUGGAACUGUACCUUCAAUGAUUAGUUGAAAGAUCAAAUAUUUUUAGGUGGUUCAAUUCGCAGGACGUAAAACAAUAACUGUAUGGAAUCCCAGAUUAGUACACUAGAUCUUUUCAAGAUCCUUUUAGUUUUUUAACUUACAUCAAUACCGUGAUCUCAAUGUUGCCAUAAUAAAAAACUAAUUAUAGGUUUAUCGUUUUAAUAUUUUUUUGUUGCUUUAUAUUCACAAUUAUUACAUUAGUGUACGUACACCGUUGUUGUGCUUAAACACGACUUAGUUUUACUGUAUGAAUUAUACAUUGAUUUACAAAUUCAUUUCGACAGCCAUAGACAAUGUACUGAGAUAUGUCAAAUAUUUUCUAGCGUUUGACAGCUCGUAAAUGUUCUAUAAAAUUAACUAUUGUCCAAUAUUUACGUGAUUUAAUUUUACAAAGUUUUCUUUUUAAUAAAAAAACUCAGAAUUUUUUAAAAGUUGGUUAAAAUAUAUAGAAAACGGAACGAAUUUUAAAGGCGCUAUUUAAAUGGAUUAUGUUUGCUUUUGUAUUGCAUUAAUUUAUACCAAAUGUAUGGAAAGCGCUGCGGCAAAAUUAGAACGAAGUUUUCGAAUCCUUAGGAUAUUUCAUACUCAUACUUUGCGACACUACCAAAAGGCUGUAACUCAUUAAAUCUCCUAAAUAUUAAUCAGUACAUUGUCAAUGGCUCUUACAAUGAAGACGACGAUUUUAAUUAAGUUGUUUUAAACAAUUACAAUACAAUAAGUGCGAACAAACUUCCGCAUCUGUCAAAAAUACCACAUGACAUCUGACACUUGGUACUUCGACAUGAUUUGAAUUUCGGCCUAAGUUUGGCCUAUGAGUGUAGUUUGGACGUUGACAAUGAAUGUCAUGUCAUAAAAUGAACGAAAUUUUCGUUUACACGUUUCAACCUAUUUAUUUUUACUUCUUUCAAAAUUUCGAAUAAAAUCGUGAUUUGAUUGCA